CCACCUAUUGGACGACGUAAGAGUCGGAGCUGGCUCGGGAAAAAAGGAAUGGACGCUCCGCGACGCAGCAGCAUCCAUAACAAGUGAUGAGGGUUUUAUAAAAUACGACAGUCACAUCCCAAAAUAUAAAACGAAAGAACGAAGAGCAGCCUAUAUAAUGUAUGGCUUUGUGAACCACGCGUUGGAGCUGCUCGUACUGAGGAACUAUGGUCCGGGGAUUUGGGAAGAUAUCAAGCGAGAGGCCCAGCUGGAUGUCGAGGGCCAGUUCCUAGUGAGAAUUAUUUACGAUGACGCAAAAACCUACGAUCUUGUGGCAGCCGCCAGUAAAGUCCUCAAAAUUGACGCAGGGGACAUUUUACAAAUGUUUGGGAAGAUGUUUUUCGAGUUUUGCCAGGAAUCGGGAUACGACACUAUCCUGCGAGUGUUGGGGUCAAACGUCCGUGAAUUCCUCCAAAACCUGGACGCCCUUCACGACCACCUGGGCACCAUCUACCCCGGGAUGAGGGCCCCGUCGUUCCGCUGCACGGACGCGGAGCGAGGCAACAACCUGAUCCUGCACUACUACUCCGAGAGGGAGGGACUGCAGGACAUCGUGAUCGGCAUCAUCAAGACCGUGGCCCAACAGAUCCACGGCACCGAGAUCGAGAUGAAGGUGAUCCAACAGAAGAGCGAGGAGUGCGACCACAUCAAGUUCCUGAUCGAGGAGAAGGACUCGGAGGAGGAGGCCUUCUAUGAGGACCUGGACGGCUUCGAAGAGAACGGCACCCAGGAGACCCGCAUCAGCCCCUACACCUUCUGCAAGGCCUUCCCCUUCCACCUCAUGUUCGACAAGGACCUGGUGCUCACGCAGUGCGGGAACGCUAUCUACCGUGUGCUGCCCCAGCUCCAACCAGGGACCUGUAACCUCCCGUCGGUCUUCUCCCUGGUGCGUCCGCAUAUCGACUUCAGCUUCCACGGCAUCCUCUCCCACAUCAACACCGUGUUCGUCUUGCGGAGCAAGGAGGGCCUGCUGAACGUGGAGCCGGUGGAGAACGAGGACGAGCUGACGGGCGUGGAGAUCAGUUGUCUGAGGCUGAAGGGCCAGAUGAUCUACCUGCCAGAGGCCGAGAACAUCCUCUUCCUGUGCUCCCCCAGCGUGAUGAACCUGGACGACCUGACGCGCCGCGGCCUGUACCUGAGCGACAUCCCGCUGCACGACGCCACCCGGGACCUGGUGCUGCUGGGGGAGCAGUUCCGCGAGGAGUACAAGCUGACCCAGGAGCUGGAGAUCCUCACGGACCGCCUGCAGCACACCCUGAGGGCCCUGGAGGACGAAAAGAAGAAGACCGACCGAUUGCUCUAUUCCGUCCUGCCGCCGUCUGUCGCCAACGAGCUGCGCCACAAGCGGCCCGUGCCGGCCAAGCGCUACGACAACGUGACCAUCCUGUUCAGCGGCAUCGUGGGCUUCAACGCCUUCUGCAGCAAGCACGCCUCGGCCGAGGGCGCCAUCAAGAUCGUCAAUCUGCUCAACGAUGUUUACACCCGCUUCGACAUCCUGACCGACACGCGGAAAAACCCUUAUGUAUACAAGGUGGAGACGGUGGGAGACAAGUACAUGACUGUGAGCGGGCUCCCGGAGCCCUGUGCGCACCACGCCCAGUCCAUCAGCCACCUGGCCCUGGACAUGAUGGAGAUCGCCGGCCAGGUGAAGGUGGACGACCAGCCCGUCCAGAUCACCAUCGGGAUCCACACAGGAGAGGUGGUGACGGGGGUCAUAGGUCAGAGGAUGCCACGCUACUGUCUCUUUGGCAACACGGUCAACCUCACGAGUCGCACGGAAACCACAGGAGAGAAGGGCAAGAUAAACGUCUCAGAGUACACCUACAGGUGUUUGCAGUCGGCGGAGAACUCGGACCCUCAGUUCGAUCUGCAGUACCGGGGUCCCAUCACCAUGAAGGGGAAGAAGGAGCCCAUGAAGGUGUGGUUCCUGUCCAGAAGAACUCCCCUAGAAGGCACCGAGAACUGAACUCCUUCUAAACGGCCCGGUAGAAACGUAUGACGAAAACCAUUUCCAAACACCCGGUUAGCGUACAACAAAAACUCCUUCUAAACGGCUUGGUAAACGUCAAACAAAUACCAUUUCUAAAUGCCUGGUUGACAUACAACAAGAAGCUCCUUCAAAACGGCCUGGUAAACAUACAAGGAAAAAAAUCGAAACACCCGGUAAACAUAAAAUGAAAAAUCAUUCUAAAUGGCCCGUAAACGUACAAAGAAAACUCCAAACUCUGAAGAUAGAAAACAGAUUGAGAAUUGGCACAUUCGCAUAGGCUGUUGAACUGGAGUUUUUCGUCAGUGUAGUUGCUGCGGUUUGUGGGUGGGUGGGGCAGAGAAUUUACCGCAAACCUGCCAUUUAAUUUGGGGGAACACCACAAUUUCGAUUUCAUUUUGAGUGCACUGCCCCCCGUGCCCCCCUCGGUAACCUUGGUUACAUCUUGAUUCCUAGCUAGGAAACAUGACCAGCAUUACUUCAUCUCACAGUGUGGUGACUUCCUCCUCCAAGCAAUUUUAGGAAUAUAUGUCAAAUUAGCUCAUUGGAUGAACGACACCAAAUAUUGUAAAGUAUAUUAUAAAGAUAACAAUAAUAUAUUAUAUAUGGUAAAGAAUUUAUAUAGUAUAAGUUCAUAUUUAGCUACAUGGAUUUGGUCAAAAUAGUUUUAACUUCAAUUCCCUUUUUAACAGUUAAAUUCAUAUUUUUAACUCAUCAUGCUUUGCUGUCAUUCCAGAGAAGUAGUCAACCCUCUCUUAGUGUGUUCCCUAACUCUCAAGUGUGUAUGAGUGUGUUCCUUAACUCUCUAGUGUGUUUGAGUGUGUUCCCUACCUCUCUAGUGUGUUUGAGUGUGUUCCCUACCUCUCUAGAGUGUAUGAGUGUGUUCCCUAACCCUCUCUACUGUAUAUGAGUGUGUUCCCUCACUCUCUAGUGUGUAUGAGUGUGUUCCCCUAACCCUCUCUACUGUAUAUGAGUGUGUUCCCUCACUCUCUAGUGUGUAUGAGUGUGUUCCCUCACUCUCUAGUGUGUAUGAGUGUGUGCCCUAACUCUCUAGUAUGUAUGAGUGUGUUCCCUAACUCUCUAGUGUGUAUGAGCGUGUUCCCUAACUCUCUAGUGUGUAUGAGCGUGUUCCCUAACUCUCUAGUGUGGACGUCUAUGAUUGUGUACACACAACAUAAUGGCUCCAACGACCGUGGAAUUGGCUACGAUUCUCCUGAUAUCAAACCAUAAAGUUUGAUAUCAGUUUUUAAUAACAUAACAGGAUAGCGUUUGGAGACUCGUUUGAACAAAGACGGGUCCCAAGUCCUGCUGGUUCCGCGUGGAGGGUAUCUAACCAGCGACAGUUCUUUGGACACCCUGGCCUCCCUCAUGGUUCUCUUCUGACAGCCCUCCGUGGCGGCCUCUGACGGCCCUUGCUGACGGUGCUCGCCGACGGCCCUGAGUGUCGACCGCUCCAGAGUUAAGAUCAGUUGAGGCUUACGCAAUCCUUGGAGUUGUUUCCAUUCACCAGCUGGGCAGCUUUAUACUGUAACUGCACUACUGUACGUACUGGAGUUAGGAUUGUACAAUGUGUGAGCUUCUAUACAGCCAACAAUACUAGGAUUGUUGUGAACCACCAUGGGGACGAACACGGCAUUAUGGAUUAUGGGUUUACAUGUUUUGAAAAGUGUCGUCCUGUGUUUCUUUGCUAGAAAGAUGUUGUUUAGGCCUACUUGUUCACGAUCAAAUCGUUGGGAAUAUGUUUCACAACAUUCCUUCUUAUUUGCUCUUAGAUGAAAGAUCGUAAAAUGCUUCAAAUGUAUACAGAUGACACACGAAUAAUAAGAAAGAACUUUUUCUACUGUUCUAUGUACCAUGUUUGAAACUCAUCUUGAUGAUAUAAUAUAUUUUGUCUUGUUUAGUUCCGUUAAUCUUUUAAGAAUUUUUUGCAUUCGUGAAAUUCAUACACUUUUUUUCAGGAAAUGCAGAACUUUGAACAAGAUCGAAAUAUGCCAAUUUUAGUAAGUUUGCAUGGUUUUUCGUAUACCACAAACUAUAUGGAUAAAAUAUAAAUCACACAUGUCACGAGCAAAAUACAAGUUAGUAUGAAUCAACAAAAGUUAAUUUGUAAUGUAUUAGUUUCACUAUAUAUUUAAACACACUGAUAGAAAAAUGAAAAAUAUAUUUUGUUGAAAAGAAAGUGCCAAAAUUAUGUAUUUUACUUAUACCGCCAUUUUCAAUCACUGUCAUUUCAAAUCGGUUAUUGUUAAACUGCACUUAAGAAGGAGUGGGUCCUGAUGACUGAAUGCGGCAUCAACUCUCUCCUCUCUCCUUGCCACCUCCUUAUCCUCACAACCUCUAAACUGUGCCAAAUCGCUUACCGGAUUUCGUGGAUAUUUGUGUAAGAAAUUACCACUGUCUAUAUUAGGGUUUGUGUUUGGCUUUUGUCUUGUUUAGUUGUUUAGUUCCGUUAAUCUUUUAAGAAUUUUUUGUAUUCGUGAAAUUCAUACACUUUCUUUCAGGAAAUGCAGAACUUUGAACAAAAUAGAAAUAUGCCAAUUUUAGUAAGUUUACAUGGUUUUUCGUAUACCACAAACUAUAUGGUUAAAAUGUAAAUUACACAUUUCACGAGCAAAAUAGAACUUAAUAUGAAUCAACAGAAGUUAAUUUGUAAUGUAUUAGUUUCACUAUAUAUUAAAACACACUGAUAGAAAAAUGAAAAAUAUAUUUUGUUGAAAAGAAAGUGCCAAAAUUAUGUAUUUUACUUAUACCGCCAUUUGCAAUCACUGUCAUGUCAAAUCGGUUAUUGUUAAACUGCACUUAAGAAGGAGUGGGUCCUGAUGAAAAAAUGCGGCAUCAACUCUCUCCUCUCUCCCUGCCACCUCCUUCUCCUCACAACCUCUAAACUGUGCCAAAUCGCUUACCGGAUUUCGUGGAUAUUUGUGUAAGAAAUGACCACUGUUUAUAUUAGGGUUUGUGUUUGGGUGAGAGGAAAAUAUAAACAGAUCAUGCUAAACUGUU